AAUAUCGCAUACCAUAAGAAAAGAAAAACAAAGUCAAAAUACGAAAAGUGACAAAAUUAGUAUUAAAGAAUAAUAAAAUAAUAAUGGACCUGCGUAAAUUGUGCAGGAUUUGCUUUGAGGGCAGCGCAGAAGUGGACAUCAACAAGCACCGGCCCAGCGACUGGCCGGAGCACACAGUCCUCGAGAUGAUAGACGCCACAUUCCAAGAGAAAAUGGACCUGACAGAACAGUUGGCAAUGAUAUGCAAGACCUGCCUGGGUAAUUUCAUGCAAAUCUAUGCAUUCUCCACAAAGCUGAAGAUGGCCAAUCAACAGCUGCUUCAACUCUACAUCCAGGCCCAAGGUGGAGAGAUGUAUGUGGUACACGAGGAAGAUACAAUCGAGGAGGGAUGUUCAUUGCUGGAGCAAGAGCCGGAGACAGAGACAAUAGAGCAGGCAGAUGCACUCGACUUUGAGCCCAUAGACGAGGGUGCAGACAUGAUAGACGAGUCUUCAGAUAUAAUAGACGAGUGUACAGAGAUAAUACACGAGAGUACAGACCUAAUAGACGAAUGUCCAGAGAUUAUGGAAGAGUUCCAGUCUAUAGAUUCCGAGGAUGGGGUCGCAAAACCAUCCCAGAAGCUGGCGAAUCUAGAUUCGUUGAUUGUCUCCGAAUUCUUGCCAGUCACCACGAGUAAGACCCUGGGCGAAGGAACCUCCGAAAGUGCUCUGCAGCUGCAGCAGUGGACAGUGGACUAUGCCGCCGUAGAACUGAAGCACAACGACCUGGACGAUUACAACGAGACAAAUCGCCGCCUCCACGUGGAACCAAGUGGCAGUCAAGCCAUCUACAAGUGCAAGUACUGCCCGCAGGCCUUCGCCUCCUCUCAGUAUCUGAAGACGCAUGUCCGCAAGUCGCACGUCUGCAAGUACUGCACGUGCGCCUUUGCAAAGUUCAAGGAUCUUAACGAUCACAUCCGCAACAAGCACCCGAACCAUCCGUGCGUGGUCUGCACAAACACCUUCAGCACCAGCAGGUACCUCCGAGCCCACCUAAAGCGCGUUCAUGGAGUCCACCUGCCCGCUCAAGUGGCGCUCUUGGACUAUAGACCAGCGAGCAGGAAGCAGUACAAUCCAGAUUAAAGUUAGUUUAUUUGCCAAAAGAUUUGCGACUU